UCUCUCUUUAGCCAGCAUAUUAGAGCUUGCUUGCAGCUGUCACAUUUCUUUCUCUCUCCUCCACUACCCUUCUCUCUCCUCUCUUUUCCAUUAAAAUAAUUUUAAAAAAAACCUUUUUCAUAUUAUUUUUUAUUUUUUUAAUUAACUAACACCUCUGUCUCAAACCACCAUACCACAUCAUCAUAUUCAUAAACCAUACCCACCUCUCUCUUUUCUCUCUUAAAAUUCAGCUAUUCUCUUCUAUUACGAAAAGAACAAAGAGGUUUUGUUGAGACAAAAGAAAGAGAAAAAAUCAUAAAGAGAAAUCAAGAGAAGAAGAAAAGUUUGAUGAAGAAAGACUCAUCAAGAAUGAGAAUACCAAAAGUAGUUGAUUUGAUGCAUGCAUAAACUAGUAGAAGAAUAUCAACAACCACAGAAAAAUUAGCAAAUUUUCUUGUUAAUUUGAUGCAAUGGCUUAUCCACAUUACCGAUCACAGUUUGGAGACACAACAUUCACUAAGGUUUUUUGUUGGAGGACUAGCCUGGGAAACUCCAACCGAUGAAAUGAGGACAUAUUUUGAACAAUUUGGCGACAUUCUUGAAGCUGUCAUUAUCACUGAUAAGAACACAGGAAAAUCUAAAGGAUACGGAUUUGUAACAUUUCGCGAUCCAGAAUCAGCAAGAAGAGCUUGUGCUGAUCCAAAUCCAGUAAUUGAUGGAAGAAGAGCUAAUUGUAACAUUGCUUCUCUAGGACGUCCUAGACCAUCACCACCAAGAGGAAGAGGUAGUACAUAUCAAGGUGGGGGAGUUGGAGUAAGGACAGGAGCGGCAGCGGCAGCAGUUGGGUACGGUGGAGUUCCGGCGGGAGGGGCAGCGCAAAUGGCAGGAGGAGCAGCAACACCAGUAAUGUACCAACCAUAUGGCUACCCCACCUACACUCCUGAAUAUGGGUACCAUCAAGCCACAAUGUAUAACCCUCAGAUUCAGCAAGCACAAUACUAUCAACAAGUCUAUGGACCAUCAACUUCAACUAUGGCCUCACCAUAUUAUUAUGGCUAUUCUGUGCAACCAGCUGCACCAAGGGGUACAUUUUCUACCCCCCAACCACAUCGCAUACCAGCAGGACCAUCCUAUCUAUACUACCCUACUACACCGAUCGAAGGCGCUUCCUUCUCUGCUGCGUAUCGUCCGUAUCAACAGCAACCUGUAAUAAGGCACCCUUCUCCAACCGAUUCACAGACUCAGCAACGUACCUCAUCGGAGACAGCAUCUGGAGUAGUUAUAACUUCGGAAAGUUCAAAUACUCAAGGGAAGAACAACUAAUAAAUACUAUACACCCUUUAGUUUCAACUGUAUAAUAAUCUUCAAAUUCAAUUUCAUCACAUUAAUAUUCUUCAUCUUUUUCUACAUUAUUAUUAUUAUUAUUAUUAUUAUUAUUAUUAUUA